AUGAGAGCAUCUGGGAAAUAUGAAAAGGACUGGGGGUUCACCCAGGAGCCUCGCAUCAUUGGCCUGCAAUCGUUAGUUGGCGUUUGCGGGCUCCUUCCCCUCAAGGCUCACAGCCUGGCCUUCAAAGGAUUCCAACCCAGGGUGGCACCGAAACUGGAGGGCGUAGCGGGCAGCGAGGGCGGCUACCCUAGGAGCACAACACGGCCUCGAUCGGACGGGGCCAAGGAGGGGCAGAUGGAUUUAGAUCCAACCACCUCAAACCCAGUCCUGCGUCAGCCCCUGUCCGCCUCGGUGCCAGCAGGAGGCACCGCCACCUCGACCUGCUGGGUGACGAACGUGAAUAUCGCGGACGAUGGCGGGUUCUGGUACCAGCUGAGGCCCGGGCAGAAGCCACGAUGGGUACUGGUGCACUGGACCAGCGGACAGGGCAACCGGGGCACAGGCUACACGGACCGUUACCUACCGUCCAGGGAUUCGGCGACCAGCAGCUACAUGCUGACCAUCAGCAGCAUCUCUGAGGCAGACACUGGCACCUACUACUGUGCCACUGUCAAAGACAACAUGGUCUUCCUUGGUAACGGCAUCCAUCUGCUUAUACCCGCGCCACAGGGCACCAGAGGCAGCUACAGCUGGAGCAGUUACCUGACAAUUCCCACCAAAGAUUGGCAAGCCCACUCUCGCUUCUCCUGCCAGCUCGAGCACGAAUCCAGCGAGGAGCCUCUGGUGGCCGUGGUCGACAGGGAGUCCUGCCCCCUCUCGUAG